CGUAUUCAUCUGAACUAUCUAAAAUCCAUCCAUGGAUCCGAACACGAGCACGAGCACACAUCCAGCGGGCCUGUCGCCGCUGGAGCUGACGAAGCGCCGCGCGCUGUUGGACAAAAUCUUGCUGCUCGAGUCACGCGGCUCGAUUCUGCCGACCGACGCGCGUACACUCCGCAGUCAGCUGCACGAUAGUCCAAGCGGUCAAUGGAAGGCCGUGGACGUGCGAUUGAAACAGCUAGCACGUAGCUGGAAUCCGUACCAGGACGCGACGAUGGGCUCGUCCAGUGCGAAGAAGUACAAAGACACGAAGAAACUAGACUUUUACCAGCUCCUAGAGCUGGAAAAUGACUCAAAAGUCACCUCCGAAGACAUCAAAAGACGGUUCCGUAAACUAGCGCUGCUGCUGCAUCCAGACAAGAAGCUUACGAGUCGCAAACGUAAACGUGAAAGGAACAUUGAGGAAGAGGAGGAGGUGGAGGUAGAUGAGGAAAAGCUGCGUGUAGUGGAUUCAACGCAGUUUGCGCGCCUCCGAUUAGCGUAUGAAACGCUCAGUGACCCCGAGAGACGCACAGUGUAUGACGCAAAACUGCGGGAAGCUGCACACCCUCAGCAAUCGCAGCAGCUUGGUGAAGUAGUCAGGGAUCAAGUGAAGUUAGAGGCGCCAACUGACUUUGCGUCCUUGGAAUGGAUGGCACGCGUUAAGCACAAGAUGGAUGUGAUGGCUCGGAUUGCCAAGUGGGCCAAGUUACUCUCAGUCAACGCAACCGAACUGCGCUUCGAGACCGGGGAGCCUUGCACAGGUAAAGGCUGUGGAAAAAUUGUGAGUAUGGACCGAGAUUUAGAAUGUGCGGGAUCUCCCCGCCGUCGUGUAUACAUUUGUUUGUUGCACAAAUAUAUCCACGCUUGUGACGAAAGCUGCACAAGUACGUUUGGUGACGCAGAGCUGGAUCGACGCGUGUGUCCCAUGCGAGCGUACUGGCUCAUUCAGAACUGGUUAUUCGACCAGUUGCAAUCCGCAGCCUUCCAAAAGUGGCAGAUGCAGCAGCCUCUGAUAUGUGGCUUUGAGCAGUCUGAAAUUCAUCUUGGCGAUCAAUACACCCGAUUUCAGGUGGAGAGAAUUGCAGAGUGUCAAAGUAAAAUGUGCCAACGCAACUUCCAGUUCUUGGACGAUGGUAUUUAUGCUUGUCGCCGUCACGGAACGCCACAUAUCUGCACUUUCGAGCAGUGCGAUCGACAGGAGCUGCACAUGGGUAGCUACACUUGCUUGGGACGGAUGUUCGUUCGCGUUGCGUUGUCUACUCAGAUGUUCAAGGCGAUGAGACCUCGGUGGAGAUGGAAGCUCGAGGUAGGUGUAACUCCACCAAAUAAGUUGGAGCCGCCACCAAAAUAA